GUAACCGCGGGUGACCGAAGUAACUUUAGUGCCGUUCGGGUGCAAUGAAAUUCCGGCCGAGAAUCACCAUCAUGUCGGCCGUACACGAUAUCAGAAGAAACAAACACAACUCGGUAAGCCCGAGCACGAUGUCCGCGCAAGAGUACAGUGCAAAAGAAUUCAACGAAUAUCUGAACAAGACCGGAGUUCAUUACUACAUUCGGUACGUGUUAACGUUUGCGUCGAUCUUUGGCGUUUUUCCGGUCAGCAGCAUAUACCGACGAGAUGUCUACAAAUUGACGUUUCGCUGGUAUUAUCCUAUGGCUAUUUACUCGUUUCUCCUGUUCUGUGGAUUCGCGUCCAUAGAGAUAUUCUCGUUGGACUACACCAUAAGGAACUUGAAUCAAGACAAUCUGACCGCGAAAGGAGGGAUAAAGAAAGCCACGUCGGGAAGUAUAUUUUACGGUAACGCGUGUUGCGCUCUGUGGAUGUUCAUAAAACUAGCCAAGAAAUGGCCUAAGCUGAUGCAAGACUGGCGGACUGUAGAGAUUUCGAUGCAGAGGUUUGGCGCCCCAAGACUCGGGUGGAAAUCGACUACUCUGGCUGUGGUAUUGCUAGUGUUCGCAUUCACUGAACAUGGCUUACACAAUUGGUUGAAUACGAGGCCUGGCGGUAAAGACGACAUUGCUUCCAUGUCACUGAUCGACAACGAUGAUAAUGGCAGUCUUAUACUACUCGAUCAGUCCGCAACGUUCACAGGGUAUCUCGAACGGUUCUCUCUAAAAACGCAUUGGUAUUUGUACGACGACUAUGACAGUUAUAAUCCGGUAAAAGGCUUCUUAGUAAUGUGGUUGAGCCUGACCGCGACGUUCCUGUGGAAUUUCACCGAUCUCUUCAUCAUGUUGGUCAGCUCAGCACUGGCGGCUCAGUUUAAGAAACUAACUAAAUCCAUGCACAGCGUCAGAGGUCAAAUGCUGACAAUGUCGCAGUGGCAGGAAUACCGAGAGACGUACACGUCCUUAACUCACCUGGUCAAGAAAAUUGACGAUCACAUCAACGUCAUAGUGGCGUUGUCGAUAGGCAGCAACAUUUAUUUCAUUUGCGCUCAGCUCAUUACGGAAAUCGAUUCCAUCAAACACAGCUACUUCAGAACGCUGUUUUACAUGUACUCGUUCAUGUUUUUGGUGUUUCGGACCACAGCAGUCGUGAUGCAAGCGUCCGCCAUAAACGACGAAAGUAAAAAAAUUGUGCCAGAAAUUUUUAUGUGCCCGACGCAUAGUUACAGCAUUGAAACACAAAGAUUUUUACAAGAAGUCACAUCAGAUUAUGUUGCUUUGACAGGAUUAAAAAUGUUUUCAAUUACAAGAAACUUUCUUUUAGGGGUAAGAUAA